CGAGAAGAAAUGCCCAGUUGCCAUCAGAAAUACUAGGCAAAGGCUGUCCCCGGAAUGGUACGCUCGAGCUCACUCCUCUUGCUCUUCACUGUACUAUCGAGCUGUAGGGCGAUAGCAAAUCCGCCGAGACCGCGCAGCGACCUGCUCCGCAUCCGACUUCGCGUUAUAUCAUUCAAUCCCGCCUUAGAAGCGCACUUCCACGGCACACUCACGCGGCGUGGGGUGCAAACUCGAUCGAUUCUUUCGUUCGGGGCCCGACGCGACGAUUGGACCUGCGGACACUGGGACAAACUGGGCUCUGGGACUUACCGGCAUGCUGGAUGUAGCGCAUCGAUUACCGGGUGCUCCGCCUGCUGCAGGCACACGCGGUUCGCAUGUUAUUCCUCCUGGGUAUCACCCAAUACUCCCUCGUUCAAGGAGCAGCUUUCACUACUCGAUAUGGAAAUUGAGCAUGAGGAAUCCCUGCCUAGAAUGAUGCACUUGGUCUAGAGCUGCGAUGGCGGGGACCUGGCGUCGGGCUAUUACAUGAUACCUGCCUCCUAGGCCCCCGUCCAGAUCCCGCCGACAUGGUUCAGCGGUGUCUCACAAGCCCGUCAUUUCCGAGCGGCGAUGUUGCUCAUCGAGGAGUUCUGGGCCGCUGGGUUCUGAUGUUUGAGGCAGUCUUGGGCUCUCGCGCUGAGAUAGUCCACACGUGCUAACGCAAGCUCCACUGCUAGGAGACAAGCUUUCCGGCUAAUCGCACCUCGAAGCCAAGCAUCCGGUUGUUUGUACUAGUCACCGAGUCUCUACGACAAGUGCUCUUACUUUCCUGUUCCCCAUUUUCAUUCAUCUAGG